AAUAAAAAUAUAAAAGUUUGUUCUUAACAAUGGACAAAUUUGAUUGGUUCAUAUAAUAAAAUUCGACCAAUCAAUUUAAAGUAAUAGACGAAGUACAAAGUGUCGCAAAUAUUUAUAACCUGUUCAAGUUAAACAUGUUCAAGUAAAGAAAAUUAUAUUAAAUUCAAAGAAAAAUUAAGAAUAUUAUAAUCGAGAAACAUUAAAAAGACUGAUUUCCAUUACAGCAACAUAUUUUUUUUCUGCAAUAUGUUGUUACAACAUUUCAUCAAUAAAUUGAUAUUUGAUGAAUUAAUUAAAACCAAUCAUCAUUUGAUCAAUCUGAAAGGUUUACAAUAUUUUAGCACUGGAAAUAUAUUGAUGGAACGUGUACCACGUAAUAUAAAGGAUUGUUCAAAAUUUUUAUCUGGUAUAAAACCUAUAACUCCAGAAGAUACAGAGCCUAAAGCUGAAACUGAUACAAGUUUCUCUUGGUUUAAAUCAGAAGCUCCUCCACCUCAAUCAUUGUCUUUGGGUAAUGUUAAAAUGUGGUGGGAAUAUAAUAAGAAAUUAUUGUAUGUUAAAGAACAAGAACUUAAUUCUGAUAGAAUUAAUGUACUGGGUAGUAACAUAGCUGCUGCAUAUUUCAUUAUUGAAUGGAAUGGAAAAGUAAAGUUUAAAAAUACUGAUUGGUUAGCAGCAUCAAAGAAUAAACCUGUACGUUUACCGAAUUCAUAUAAAUCAAAUUAUGUUAUUACUGGAAUUGAUGCAAGUAAUACAUUAAUAUCAUACGAAGGACUUAAAAAUAUGAAUUUCCUUUAUCAUUUAAAAUGGCUCAGUUUUAAGGGUUGCGAAUAUAUUGAUGAUUGGUGUGUCGACAAAAUAGCUGGACAAUAUCAAACAUUAGAGUAUUUAGAUAUAUCUGAUUGUAAAAAUGUUACUGAAAAGGCAUUAGAAGCAUUAUACAAAUUACGUAAUCUAAGAAUAUUAAUAGUAACAAAUCAUAAUAAAUCUGCAGCAUUUGAAUUGACAUGUUUUAUGUUAGAAGAAUGUAAUUCAAAUUUAAAAUGCGAGAUUUUAAAUUCAUGGUAUGCGAAUAAAUUAGAUGAUAAAGAAAAAUCAAUAGAUUAA